AUACAUUUGAAGUACCAGCUUCUCCUUGUUUAACCUCCCUUCCAAGGCCACCAGAUGAGCAACAUGGCUUUUCUUGGAGACACCUCAAAACUCUUUUUGGCAUUCUUUUCACUGAUACUUAUGCUUCCUGUGGUCGAAGCCCUAGAUGCUGGAGAUGCAGUUGCUCUCUUGCUAGGCAUAGUUCUGACUAUCAUUGGAUUCUGUGCCUGUCUAGGCUUCUAUGCAAGAAAAAGAAAUGGACAGUUAUGAUUUUUUUAAAGAGGUAACCUGGUCAAGCAUAAUCCUAAACUCUACUUGUUACAAUUUAAGGUUUAAAACUGAGCCUCAGUUCUUGACAACUUUCAGAACCAUGGAACAGGAUCCUGCAAAUUCUUCUUGCUGUGCCAUCCUCGGUAAUAAAGACUAUUACUGGUAGAAAGGGCUUGCAGGAUCUGUCUUUAUGACAGUAAGAAGAUGAUUAUUUCAUAUUCUUUGGGUUGAGGGGUUGCAUUAUAUGAGGAAACAAGCUAUUUGAAGAAGAAAAAAUUAUCCAGGUUCAUUCACAGUGAAAGUUCAUAUAUAAGUGUAACAUUUCUACAAUUUGAUU